AUGAAAAGUAGUAAGGAAAAUACAAAAUUGAAAAUUGAAAGUGUAGGACCUAAAUUAAGCUAUCAUAAUUAAUUAAAAUAAAAAGACGACAACCAAUCUUAAAUAUUCUCAAAAGAUUCUCUUAAGGAAAGAAAUAAAGGUUAAUUAUAAGCAAGUGUCUUAAAUCAAAAAGAUUAGUUGUCUUUAAAAAAUUAUUCUGAUUAUAAAGAAAUCACGAAAAAAACGAUGAAUAAAUAUUAAAUUGAUAAUUAAAUUGGUGACGAAGGUGCAUCAGGCUUAGGUUCUGGUUUAGCAAAUUGCAUUAAUCUCUCAAAUUUGACACUUGACCUUUGUUACAAUUAAAUUGGUGACGAAGGUGCAUCAGGCUUAGGUUCUGGUUUAGCAAAUUGCAUUAAUCUCUCAAAUUUGACACUUGAACUUAGUUACAAUUAAAUUGGUGACGAAGGUGCAUCAGGCUUAGGUUCUGGUUUAGCAAAUUGCAUUAAUCUCUCAAAUUUGACACUUAACCUUAAUUACAAUUAAAUUGGUGCAAUGGGUGUAUCAGUCUUAGGUUCUGGUUUAGCAAAUUGCAUUAAUCUCUCAAAUUUGACACUUGACCUUUCUUACAAUUAAAUUGGUGACGAAGGUGCAUCAUGCUUAGGUUCUGGUUUAGGAAAUUGCAUUAAUCUCUCAAAUUUGACACUUGACCUUUUUGGUAAUUAAAUUGGUGACGAAGGUGAAUCAGGCUUAGGUUCUGCUUUAGCAAAUUGCAUUAAUCUCUCAAAUUUGACACUUAACCUUUAGUAAAAACAGUUUAUUUGUUUUGGAUUGUGA